AUGCGAUCGCUUUUCUCCGCCCUGCAACGGGCUACUCCAGCGGCUUGGACGCUGCCUGCCCGCGGUGCGCGCAACACUAGCACCGCAUGGAAGCUCGACUCCAUCUGCACGAGAUGCCGCCUGCAGCAGAAGCGCCAAUUCACGAAAUCGCGCCAGCUGACUGAUAGCCUUCUAAAUGUUGACCACCCGGCGAAGCUUGUGCGGAUUAAUCAGAAACAUGGCCCUGGCCUGAUCAUUCUCGCCCUGAUUCCCAUUAUCGCCUUUGGCCUGGGAACCUGGCAAGUCCAGCGCCUGGACCGGAAAACCAAGCUCAUUGCCAAAUUUGAGGACCGCCUUGUUAGGCCACCGCUUCCACUCCCUCCGCGAGUUGACCCUGAUGCAAUCUCCGAGUUCGACUACCGCCGUGUCUACGCUACAGGUCACUACCGCCACGAUAAGGAGAUGUUGGUUGGACCCCGCAUGUACGAGGGGGAAGACGGAUUCCUCGUUGUGACGCCUCUCGAGCGUGGGGACGGCCAGAGCACGGUGCUUGUCAACCGGGGUUGGAUUUCCAGGAAGUUGAUGAACCAGAAGGAUCGGCCAGAUAGCCUGCCGCAGGAGGAGAUUACUGUGGAAGGAUUGCUACGCGAGCCAUGGAAGAAGAAUAUGUUCACGCCAGAGAAUAAGCCCGAGGAGGGGAAGUUCUACUUUCCUGAUAUCGAGCAGAUGGCUGAGUUGGGAGGCAGCCAGCCUGUGUGGAUUGAGGAGACUAUGGUGCCCGACCUGGUCGAAUCGUAUGACCGUAUCGCAAAGGGUAAGCCCAUUGGCCGUGCCGCUGAAGUCAACUUGAGAAACAACCAUGCCCAGUAUAUCUUCACAUGGUAUGGCCUGUCUCUGGCCACGUCCAUCAUGCUUUGGAUGGUUGUGCGCAAGAAGCCCAACGAGGCUUUACGCCGGGUGCGCCAGAACCGUAACUGGUCAUAG